AUUGGUGAAACUGCGGCUUGACAUUGACAGAUGACAAGUCAUCUAACGCCCCCUUUCUCAGUCUACCGAAAAAGUGUUGAAAAUUCACAAAACACAGGUCAGUUUUUGGCGAAGUCGACAAAGCUUUUAAAAAAUUUGUGUGUAACGACGUGUUUACAAACGAGUAAAAACGACGAUAUCGGCGAUUACCACCGGACUCGGGUCUAUAAUGGCAGCCAGCGAUUCUGCAGGCGAUGAUUCUUUGUAUCCCAUUGCUGUUUUAAUCGACGAACUCAAAAAUGAGGAUGUGCAGCUUCGGCUAAACUCAAUAAAAAAACUUUCAACAAUAGCUUUGGCUCUUGGAGUAGAACGCACAAGAACAGAACUAAUACCUUUUUUGACAGAAACUAUAUACGACGAAGAUGAGGUUCUUUUGGCACUUGCAGAACAAUUGGGAACUUUCAUAAAUUUAGUAGGAGGUUCUGAGUAUGCCUAUUGUCUUCUACCACCUUUGGAAAGUUUAGCUACAGUUGAAGAAACUGUAGUUAGAGAUAAAGCAGUAGAAUCAUUAAGAGCUGUAGCCCAGCAGCACAGUCCUGCUGAUCUAGAGACACAUUUUGUACCUCUAGUACAGAGGUUGGCUGCUGGGGAUUGGUUUACAACCAGAACCUCAGCUUGUGGGUUAUUUUCAGUAUGUUAUCCAAGAGUCUCAGCACUAGUUAAGGGUGAACUAAGAGCUCAUUUUAGGGCUCUAUGCCAAGAUGAUACACCUAUGGUGCGAAGAGCUGCUGCAACCAAACUUGGUGAAUUGGCUCAAGUUGUUGAAUUGGAAUAUCUGAAAUCUGACCUAAUACCUAUGUUUGUUAAUUUAGCCCAAGAUGAACAGGAUUCAGUUCGACUUCUUGCAGUUGAAGCCUGUGUUAGUAUUGCAACACUUUUACAACAAGAAGAUGUUGAACAACUAGUAAUGCCCACUCUUAGACAAUGCACAGGUGAUACAUCCUGGAGAGUCCGAUAUAUGGUAGCAGAAAGAUUUACAGAAUUGCAGAAAGCUGUGGGACCUGAAAUUACAAGGACUGACUUGGUUAAUGCUUUCCAAAGCCUUUUGAAAGAUACUGAAGCUGAAGUUAGAGCUGCAGCAGCAAAUAAAGUAAAAGAUUUUUGUCAAAACUUGGACAAGGCUCAUCAAGAAAACAUUAUAAUGACAAAUAUUCUACCAUGUGUUAAAGAACUAGUAGCAGAUCCAAAUCAGCAUGUCAAAUCAGCCUUGGCCUCAGUUAUUAUGGGCUUGAGCCCAAUUCUUGGUAGACAUAAUACAAUAGAGCAUUUAUUGCCAUUGUUUCUAACCCAACUCAAAGAUGAAUGUCCUGAAGUCAGGCUCAAUAUUAUUUCUAAUUUGGACUGUGUAAAUGAAGUAAUAGGCAUUCAACAACUAUCUCAGUCUCUCCUCCCAGCCAUUGUAGAACUGGCAGAAGAUUCAAAAUGGAGGGUACGAUCGGCUAUUAUAGAAUACAUGCCUUUGUUAGCUGGCCAACUGGGUAGAGAAUUUUUUGAUGAAAAAUUAAAUGCUUUGUGCAUGACAUGGUUGAUGGACCAUGUGUUUGCUAUUAGAGAAGCUGCCACAUUAAAUUUAAGAAAAUUGGUUGAUCAGUUUGGAGCAGAAUGGGCAGAGAGUACAAUCAUACCUAAGGUUCUAGCAAUGUCUAGGGAUCCGAAUUAUUUAUACAGAAUGACAUGUUUAUUCUGUAUAAACGUCUUAGCUGAAGCUUGCGGUAGUGACAUAACCACAAAAGUGCUUUUACCUACCGUGCUGAGCAUGGCGAACGAUAAAGUAGCAAACGUCAGAUUCAACGUUGCCAAAACCUUACAACGGAUAGCGCCGCAAUUGGAUCAAUCAGUCAUACAGCCUCAAGUCAAGCCUGUGCUAGACAAAUUGAAUGUUGACACUGAUGUGGAUGUAAAAUAUUCAGCGUCCGAAGCCAUCAUGGGCAUUGCUGUCCAAACAAGACUGCAUAAAUCGAGAAUUCAAAAAUAUUGACCUAGAAGAUUGAAUUACAAGUAUGAGACAUGUUUUAAAGAAGUAAUUUUUUUUUAAAUCUGUAAAUAAAUGUUGCAUCUGUUUAUAUUAAAUUUUUAGUAAUAGAGGUGCGUUUGAUUAAAAGUUUACAACAAACCAUUACUGUGUUACUUUUUAAAAAUUAUCUCUAAGAAAAUGUUGGCAAUAAGCAAGAGAUUCGUUGGUUAUUAUACAGACAGUGUCAUUUACAUAUGUAAAAAAUAUUGAUAACAAUUGUAAAGGGCCUAGCUGGGUAAGAUGAUGCCCAUAACUUGAUACGAAUUCCAUAUAGGCUACUUUUUAUAGAGAAACUCACGUGAUCCUCCUAGAGCCUAAUCAGGCUUUUAGGUUUUUAUUUUUUAUCUCAGCCACAUCGAGAGCUAGCGAAAAACUUAUAAAAAAGUUGUACCUUUCAAAAAGAUCUGCUUGAAAAAUUUUUUUUAUUUUUAGCGGGAAAUUUUAAUUAUUAGAACGAUUUUAAAAUUUUAAAUGAGUCUAAAAAGACGGAAAACACUUGUUCUCACAAAAAUAUAUAUACAUAUAAUACUAACAUGUAUUUUUGAACUACAUUUCACCCUGAUUUUUUUCAAAUUUUUAAAAUGGUGAAACAUACUUUUAAAAAUAAAAACCGCAUUUUUCGCUAUUUAGAUACAAUUUUAUGUAGGGUGUUUCAAAAAAGGUAACACCGUCUCUAGGGUAGGUAAAAACUAAAAAAAUAAUUGGGGUUUGCAUAGUAAAAGAUUUUUGUAACACCAUCCAUUUUCAAGAUACAGGGCGUUGAAGAAAACAAAAUUUUACACAUUUUUUACGAUUUUGUCGAAACUACUGGCAACAUUGUAAUAAAAUUUGGCGGGUUUUAAGAGGUAGUCAUUGUGCAUUUUUUGGCGUAAAUUAAGAGUUCAAUUCAUCAUACGGGCAAUGGUCUGAACUUUCAUAAUAUUUCAUAUUAAAAAUAAUUUUUAAAUUGCUCGUUCUAUUUGUGACUAAAAAUCUAUCUUCCCUUUUUUUUCAUACGACACGCCGUUUUCAUGCAAAAAAAUAAAAUAUCUUAACUCUUCCAAAGUAUUCGAAUUAAGUUUUUAUAUAUGGAUGUAUGUAUCUAUAUAUAGAAACUUAGUUCGAAUAUGUUGUAAAGGUUAAAAUGUGCUAUUUUUGCAUGGAUCGUUGUAUAAAAAAAGGGAAGAUAGAUUUUUGUCACAAAUUAAACGAGGGAUUCAAAUUAAGUUCACCCCAUUAUCUGUAUACGCGCCAAUGAUGAGUAUAAAAUUCUUAAUUGUAUGUAAAAAGUACACAAUAACUAUCUCUUAAAACCUGCCAAAUUUUGUUAAAUGUUGCCAGAAGUUUCGGCAAAAUCAUAAAAAAUGUGUAAAAUUUUGUUUCCUUCAACGCCCUGUAUCUUGAAAAUGGAUGGCGUUACAAAAAUUUUUUACUAAGCAAACCCAAAUUAUUUUUUAGUUUUCUACUCAUCCUAGAGACGGUGUUACCUUUUUGAAACACCUUUUUUUCAUAAAAUUGUAUCUGAAUAGUGAAAAAAUGCCAUUGUUUAUUUUUAAAAGUACCCUGCACCAAUUUUAAAUGUCUGAAAAAAAUUAAGUGUGAAAUAUUGUGCAAAAAUACACGUUAUAGGGGAGAGUUGGACAAAACGGGAUACCAUUCUUGUUUAUUUUUAUUACGGAAAAUAUGUUUAAAAAAUUAUCAUAUUAUUAUUUUUUAUAGGUAUAAUAUUUAUUGAAGCACAAAAAACAUAUUUUUCACAAAAUAGUAAAAAAAAAUAUUUAUUAAAGUCCUGCACAUCCCGUUUUAGCAUGCCACUGUUGGAUAAAACGGGAUAGGUUCACAAUAUUUAAUUUUUUGCAUAAAAUUAUCUAAAAAGUAUAUUGAAGUAGAUAUAAGACUGCAAAGCAAAAUUUACCUUUGAAAAAACAAUAUAUUUAGUAGUCAGAAACUUAAAAAUAGGGCCUUUUUAUGUUUUAUUGCAAAAUGGGAAAUAAGAUCUUUUAUUUAGAACUAGUUACGUACCUAUAUCAGAACAAAAGUCGAGUAUGAGAGUCCAGUAUGAGAAUACGCUUUAUAGUUAUUUAAAAAAUGUAUAGGCCAACAAAUAAAUAGGUGGAUAAAACGGGACAUAAAAAACUGCAUCCCAUUUUAUCCAACUUAUAAGUGUCCCGUUUUGUCCAACUCAGACAUUUUUCAAGACAAAAAUGGCUCCUGCCUAAACGUGAAAAUAAAAUUAGAUAGACUACACGUUAUAUUCGUUAAUGAGUGCUUAAUUAAAUGUAAUAGUCACCGGAAUUAUAUGUUUAGAUAUGUAGCUAAUAUAAUGUAAAUAACAACGCACUUAAAAGCACAAAGUACCAAAAAAAUAGUCAAACAAUUCUAAACACAACAACUUUUCAUCAAAUAGUGGCAUCGAGGUAAAACGAACUGAGGAUGUUAAAAUGACGACUGAGAACAAGUUUUCAUCGUUGUCCGAGUGAUAGCAGCACUAGUUGGGUCUCUAAGCCAGGUAUCUCGUUUUAUCCGACUAUCCCGUUUUAUCCAACUCUCCCCUAUAUUUUUUCGUGAGAACGAGUGUCUAGUUUUUUAGGCUCAUAAAAUUUUAAAAUCCUUCUAAAAAUUCAAGUUUCCCGCCAAAAGUAAAAAAAUAGACAGAACUUUUUGGAAGCAACAGCUUUUUUAAUUUAAGUUUUUCGCUAGCUCUAGAUGCGGCUGAGAUCAAAAAUAAAAACCUAAAAAGCCUAAUUAGGCGCUAGGUGGAUCACGUGACCACCUAGGAGCCUAAAAAUUUCAGAAAGUGAGUUUCUCAAUAUGUGCUAAAAAAUGGCCUAUAUGGAAUUCGAAUUGAGUUGGGGGCAUUUUUCAUCAUCUUACCCGGAUUAGCCCUUUCAUUCGCCUCCACAAUACGAUGUGAAUGAUCUAUUUCUAUUACAUAUACCCUACAUGUAUAUUUUAUCCCAAAAGGUAUGUACUUCUAAAGUUGUGCUCACUACAGAGAGACAUGGAUUGUAUCCUCGCUCCGACCCUUGCUCCCUGGUAUUUAUAUUCGUUAUAUUCGUGAAUUCUCGCAUUUAAAAUAAUGUAUUUAUUUUACAUAGCGAUCGAUAAAAUAGUUUCGAUCGCUAUGUAAAAUAAAUACAUUAUUUUAAAUGCGAGAAUUCACGAAUAUAAAUACCAGGGAGCAAGGGUCGGAGCGAGGAUACAAUCCAUUGCUCUCCGUAGUGAGCAAACCCUAAGAAAUCCUAUUACCUGUUUCGAAGCAGUUUCAGACAAUAUGUUUGGCCGUUUCCUCUAUAUUUUUACCGAGUCUGCAUGCUACUCUGUCCACUUUGCCUUUUUACAGAAAUGCUAGCGAAUGAAAAUAAAAGUGAAAACAUGAGUUGACAUGUUGUCACACGCACACAGUUGUCACAGUAGACAGUUUAGUUUAAUUAGCACCAGUUUAUUAGUCAUUAAGCAGCAAUCAUAUUCAACACAAUAAUCAGCAAUAUGUGACAUGGAAAACAUCUGUACUUUAGUAUUUUUUUGACAAUUCUCCUUCCCAAGAAGAGUCUUGGAUAGGUCAUUCAUCCUCACUGCAUGGCUAAUUGGUUAUGCCAAGGCUAUAAAAAAAUCCCCGCCGAAUGACCAGCCCAACCAAAUCCACGUAUCCAAGAUUUUGCUUAGCAUUUUCUAAUUUUCUUUUUGUAUUUUUUGCCAUCAUUUAUGUCUUGCACCCUUAACAUUUUAGGUCGAGGGGAAGUGUGGUUAAGCGCGCACUUAUAUUGAACCUAACCUAACCCAUAACGUUAUUGAUCUAUACCCUGUUUUUAAACCAGGAGGAGUAAACAGACAGAUUCACAUCUAAUAAUGUCACUAAAAACUCACCAAAUACAUCUUCUUUUUUGGUUGAAUAUGUCGGCUUUCGACGGUAAUCCAUACAUAUUAUAUUAUACUAAUCGCUAUUAUAAGUCGCUAAAGGGUUCUAAAAUCAACUUUUUUGUAUUUAAAAGCAGAUUAAAAAUCUAAAAAUUAAAGGAAUAACGCAGAAAAUACAAAAGUCGCCGAUAUAACUUAAUUAACCUAUGAAAUGCCAAUAGUGUCAAAAUUUCACAAAUAACAAUAGCGUCAAAAUUUCAUAACAGUGGAGUAAACUUGCCUGAGGUUGUACAAUUACAAACAAGCAUUACGGCGAGGUAAAUUUGAAUUACUCCUCCUAGUUUAAAAAGAGGGUAUAAUGAUAUAAUGUGAUAGUACAUAGGUUUGUAAGUUUAUUUCUGUUAUUGUUUGUCACUUAUUCGACGACAUUACCUAUUACUAGAUUAUUGUUUUUUCUUUUUCUUGUUUUUGAAUCCAGGGCGCCCAUCAUUAUUUCUUGCUGAUUGACUAUUUUAAGAGUACCUCUGCUAGUUGUUGAUAGCAUGCACCUUUUUCUUGUUCCGAUGUAUCUUCAUUGCGAGCAUAUUAUAUGUAUAUGCUUAAUAUAGUAAUUUUGUGUCUUAGUCCAGGAACCAAAGCUUUACACCUCGCAAUUUUUACAGAAUGGAGCAAUUUGCUUGAAAAUUUGAGAAUAAGUAGUGGAUAGUCCAUGGAUCAAAAUCUAUAUGAUGCCGACAGGUGCUUUUACCAUGGGGGUGGUUGCCACCCCAUCUCGGGGGGUGGGAAUUUUUUACUAUAUUUUGACCGCAAAAGUUAAUAAAAACAUUCAUUCUAAACAAAAAAUGUUCUAUACAUUUUUUUGAUAAAGUUAAUAAUUUUUGAUUUAUUCGCUAUUGAAGUGUUAGCUUUAUAUCUAAAAAAUCAAAAUUUUUCGAUGGUAUACUUUACGAUUCACUCAAUUUUUGCCGUAGAACAAAUUUUAUCAAACCCUGUUCUUGGGAGUUAAAUUACCUACAAUUUCAUAUUUAAACAUUUUUUCGUAUCUCUGAUGCUAAUCUUUCUAUUUUGAAGAAAAUGGCAUUUUUUACCAAAUUGCAAACAUUCGUUAUUCGCUUUAAACUUCAGUUUUUUAAAAACUAAUCAUUCGAAGCCAGUCAAACUUCUAGAAUCUAUUAAUAAUACAUAAAUAAAGAAGAAUAAAUGAGGCCAAUGACUAAAAACACCGCUAACUUACAUUAUUAUGCUUCCAAUUGGAUUUCUCUUUUUUUUUCAAAAAAAUAUAUUGAUUUUUUUACCGUAACUUUUUUAUUUUUUAUCUUAGAAAGUUCGUUAAAAAAGAAUUUUGUAGGUUUUUACAAGAUCUACUAGGCUAUUAAUAUUAAAUCUUUUUAAAAUUCUCAGUCACAAAAAGAGGUGGCAUUGAAAGGGUUGGUAAAGUUGGUUUUUGCAUGAUAUUACAAGUUUUAAUUGUCAAUAGCUCACUCAAUUUUUGCCGUAAAAAAAUUUUUGCAAACCAAGUUCUUGUGAAUUAAAUAAGCUACAAUUUCAUAUUUAAAUAUUUUUUCGUAUCUCUGAUAUUAAUCUUUCUAUUCUGAAGAAAAGAACAUUUUUUACCAAACUACAAAAACUCGUUAUUCACAUUUAACUCCAUUUUUUUAAAAACUAAUCAUUAUAAGCCGACCAAACUUCUAGAAUCUAUUAACAAUGCAUAACUCAAGAAAACCAAAUGAGGUCAAUGACAAAUUUUAAUUAGGGUGGUGAUUAGGGGGUUGUUUACGAUCACUUUUUUGCUGAAAAAAUAGGGACUGACAUUCUUUUCAUUAUAAGUAACUUAAUUUUUUUAGCUAGAGAUUUUUUUUAUUUCUGGAGAUACAUAUUUUUAAAUACUUUAAAUUAGUUUCAACAAGAUCCUCGAAAAAUGCAUAGUUUUCCCGUCCUUUGACUUUGAAACUACAAUAUUUAGCAUUUGAUGAAGAAGAGCCAACAUUUAAUAAAGUAUCGCUCGAUUACUAUUGGUCUUAAAGAAAAUAAAAAAACCGUUUUGUUUAUUUUUUCAAAAGUUACAUUUUUGUUAGGUAAAGUUGUUUUGAUAAAACGAAAACUUUUUGAGUUAUUAGCAGAAAACCGAUUAAAAACAUUGAUUUUUUUCUAUCACUUUCGAUAGCGAAUAAAUCGAAAACUAUUAAUUUUAUCAAAAAAAUGUAUAUGCCUUUUGUCAUGAUAUAGAUUUUGAUCCUUGGACCUAUAUUCUGCUUCCUAUAUUGCAGCACAUUGGACUUCCUAUUUAUCAGUCAAAUUUACUCGUUUGAAAAAUUUGACCACUACCUCGGUAGUUUGUUGUUACAUGUGGUGAAAUUUUUUAAGUUAUGACGGUGGCUCCACAAAAAUACAGUAAGUUGUGUUUUUCUGUACUUUACUGUUUAUUGAACAUUGAACAUUUUGACAGGCGACAUUUUGCGCCUACGCACGUAAGUCUCAGAGUGACUUAGAAUUGGACGAUCUUCUUGCAUUUCUGCUAUCCUGAUACUACUCAGUAGACAGAAGUCGCAAACCACGUUGUGGAUGAAUGAAUACGCCUGGAUGAAUGAAUGAAAAACACCUUUUUUUGUCAGUGUUACGUUUAGUCAUGUCGUCAAGGAUCAAAGGUCAAAGUGUGCUCAAGUGGCUACCUUAGUAGAAUACGUCAGGAUGAAUGAAUGAAAAACACCUUUUUUGUCAUUGUUACGUUUAGUCAUGUCGUCAGGGAUCAAAGGUCAAAGUGUCCUCAAGUGGCUACCUUAGUAGUCUCAAAUACUUAGUACUUAUUCUCAAAUUUUCAAGCAAAUCGAUCCAUUCUGUAAAAAUUGCGAGGUUUUGUCCUAUUUUAAGCUUAAUUACUUGGACUAUCUGCAGGAUUCGCAAGUUUUAGAUUUACUUUUCAAAAUAUCUUUAGGAAAAUCUGUUAAAGAAAGUUGCUUACUAAACUAAGAAAACAAAGCUGUUUAUGACUGUUUACAUAUCUUUUGACACAGUAAAAUGCAUUAUGUAUAUAUUUUCUUAACUAUUUCAUGCAAAACUAUCAUUCGAUUAACAAACGUAUUGUAACAUAUGAAUUUAAAAAUUGAUUUUACAUACAUUAUUCAAUUUCUGACUUUUGGCGUGGAUAAAACCUUUUGUAUUCUAUUUUUUUGCAGCUUUAGGUUGAGUAAGAAGAACAUAAGAAACCACCUUUCUUCAAGGAUAAGAUUAACAAAA